UGAAACAGGUCAGGACUGCAUGGCGCCCAACUUCAGUGGCUUUCUGGCCUGCCCUGCCGUCCAGGUUACCUGUUUCCCCAGGCCUAUCUGGAGAACCACUUUGGAGUUUGGAUGGGGGGUCCUCUUGAUGGCUACAAACACUACAUCUCCUGCAGCAUCUUCUCCCGGUGGCAUGUCCCUGUCUCUGUUACCUAUCGUUCUGCUGUCCGUGGCCCUGGCUGUGGGUCUUCCCGGCAAUGGCUUUGUGGUGUGGAGCAUCCUGAAAAGGAUGCAGAAACGCUCUGUCACCGCCCUGCUAGUGCUGAACUUGGCCCUGGCCGACUUGGCCGUGUUGCUUACUGCUCCCUUUUUCCUACACUUCCUGGCUCGGGGCACCUGGACUUUCAGAGUGACCGGCUGCCGCCUGUGUCACUAUGUCUGUGGGGUGAGUAUGUACGCCAGCGUCCUGCUUAUCACCAUCAUGAGCCUGGACCGCUCGCUGGCAGUGGCCCGCCCCUUCGUGUCCCAGAAGGUUCGCACUAAGGCGAUCGCGAGAUGGGUGCUGGCAGGCAUCUGGGUGCUGUCUUUUCUGCUGGCCACUCCCGUCCUUGUGUACCGUACAGUACUAAAACGGAGCAACAGGACUCUGAUCUGUGACUCGAAGUACCCCAGCGACGGGCAUAAGGCCUUCCACCUGCUCUUCGAGGCCUUCACGGGCUUCCUGCUGCCCUUCCUGGCGGUGGUGGCCAGCUACUCGGACAUCGGGCGCAGGCUGCAGGCUCGGCGCUUCCGCCGCAGUCGCCGCACCGGCCGCCUGGUGGCGCUCAUCAUCGUGGCCUUCGCCGCCUUUUGGUUGCCCUACCAUCUGGUGAACCUGGUGGAGGCUGGCCGCACGCUGGCGGGCGGGAGCAAAGACAGCCCCGCGGGGCAGCGUCUGAGGCUGGCCCUAGUGCUCAUCGCGCUGGCCUUCCUGAGCAGCAGCGUGAACCCGGUGCUGUACGCGUGCGCGGGCGGCGGCCUGCUGCGCUCGGCGGGCGUGGGCUUCGUGGUCAAGCUGCUGGAGGCCACUGGCUCCGAGGCGUCCAGCACCCGCCGCGGGGGCACCCUGGUCCAGACUCCGAAGGCCACCCCCGCCUGUCCCGAGCCGGGUCCCACCGACAGCCUCACGGCCUCCACCCUUCCUGAGUCUUCCAAGUGAGCUGCAGUCAGUCGGCUGCGCUGAAGACACUCCCACCUCGGGCCUGACCCACUUCUGUCCCUGGAGGAGAACAGGUUGCGGACUGGGCUCAAGCGGAAGAAGAGGGAGAGGUGGGGCGAGUCAGGGCAGAGAGACAGCAUGCUCUGGCCCGGCUUCUGCAGGCAGCUUUACCAUUAAAACUAGUGUGAAAUCAGGUUUA